AUGUGGGACUCAUGGAGUGAGGAGAGCAGCAUAUCAAAGUCUUGAGGGUUCACCACAUGUUGCCUGCUCAGAAGCCAGUCACAUGAAAACGUGAGCGAUGGAGGCCUGCGAGGUUGAGAGAUCUGGGUGAAGGUUGCUGACCGGCUCCCAGCCCCGGACACCUCGCAUCACCUGCCGACAUGUCUGAAGGGCUCUCUCGCAAGGUCCCGGUGACGUUUGACGCCGUUGCCGUCUAUUUCUCUGAGGAGGAGUGGGAGAUUCUGGCAGAAUGGCAGAGGGAGCUUUACAAGGAGGUGAUGAAGGAGAACUUGGAGACUGUGCUUUCUCUAGGAAAUGGCUUCCUAGGCCCGGCCCAAGAAGCGGCCGCCAUCCAUCGGGCCGCUGAGCAGUCGCAGCAGCCUAGAGAAGCCCCGUCUCUCCCCAGCUGGGACGCACGUGUCCAGUGGGGCCGCAGUGAGUUUGGGCCGCGGGCGCAGCCUGGCUCCCAGCAGGGGAAGGCUCCGGAGUUCCUGGGCUGCUGGGGAACCGGCUCUGGAGCAAUGCCCGACGGGCAGGAGGACACCUCCGGGCUGCAGCCGAACCGCCGGCAGAGCCAGGCCGAGGAGCAGCCGCGCCGGCGCCCCAGAGGCAAGGGCAGCGCGGCCGCGCAGCACCGCCCAAGAGCUGAGCGGGAGGCCAGGCCGCUGCAGUGCCCCCACAGCGUGAAGAGCUUCACCGCGCGGCCCAGGCUCACCGAGCACCUGCGGAUGCACUCGGGCGACAGGCCCUUCAAGGGCCCGGACUGCGGCAAGACCUUCGGCAAGCCCUCGGUCUUCGUGGUGCACCGCCACAACCACACGGGCGAGCGCCCCUUCCCGGGCCCGGCCUGCAAGAAGCGCUUCAGCCACCGCUCCCACUUGACGGUGCACCAGCGCAUCCACGGGGGCGAGCGCCCCUACUCCUGCGCCGAGUGCCACGAGAGCUUCAUCAGCCAGUCCCAGCUCAUCGUGCACCAGCGCACGCACACCGGGGAGCACCCCUACCGCUGCCUCAAGUGCGGCAAGGGCUUCCACCAGCCCACCAACCUGGCCGCUCACCAGCGCACUCACCUGGCGGAGAGGGCCCUGCCGUGCAGCCAGCCUGCCCGUGCCUUGCUGAGCCCCAGGGGAGAGCACCUAGGAGGGAAGCAGCCGACGCGGUCGGAAGCUGCUGGAGCCGGCUCCUUUUCAGCCAGGCCUACGUUCCUCUGGAAACUGGGCGACAUCCAGCCAAGCGCCGUACCUUCCCCAGCCCCCAGAGCGUGGCACGGGACCAUGGAACACCAGGGAUCCCUUGGGACAGCCACACUCUGAAUGCUUUAAUGGCAGCUGCGAGCUUCCCCCAGCAUCCAUUGUUAUCCCACUGCAGUGAUGGGGAGGGUCUGUCUCUCGGCCAGACUAACAAGGAAAUUCCUAGUUAAUCCCGCCAGGGCGUUCUCAGCCCAGCCUCUCAGCAUGCCUGGGUAGCAUGCAUAGGGGGUGGGGUUCUCCGUCACAGCACCGUGGGCCUCUCUGUGAACGGGUGUGAGCACACACAUGGUCCGGUCCCGCUGCUCUGAUUAUUUCUUUGUCUUGCAGAAUCAUCUAGUCCUAGGUCAGGUGCUAGGCGCUGUAUACCACAGAACAGAAAGGCCAUCCCUGCCCCAACGAGCUUACUCCUAAGAGAGGAGAAAACAAAUGGCUAGAGACAGACAGACAGACAGGCUGGGGAGCCCAGGGAAACAAUGAGAAGUACUGGUCAGCAGGCAGCACACCCACUGCCGAAUUGGUGUCAUGUUUCCUCUCCCACAGGACCUUCCAUCUGUCUAUGCCCUUUGCCUCCUUUGCUGCAGCGAGCCAUGCACACAGGCUCGGGGUCUCUAACUCCUAGCGCUUUCCCCUUCUUGCACUGGUAAGAGUAACGCCCCCAUCACUGCAAACCCCUCCCAAGGAAGGGCUCAGUCGUAGUUUAUCUGCAUUGAGCUCCACGCCCUAGGCCCCGCAUUGCCUUCUGCUUGAGCUAGCCAACGUUCGCCAGACGGGGGCGCUGCUUUCUCCUGGGCAUGUGUCUUUGAGUCCUGCGGCUCUCUGGGAGGCGGGGGGUGCACUGCAGCUGCAUUAGGUUCUCCAGCUGGGCUCUCCGUGCGAGCACCCGGGCGCUUCUUCCACAACCAGUCUGCUGGCAGCCUGUGCUGCGUUCGUUUUUGCUCCCCUCACAACAAGCUCUCUCAGCUCGCUCAACAACCCAAGCUAAAGCUACCUCAGCCCCCUUCCGUUCCCAGCCUCCCGGCAUAUGGUCCUCUCCGUGGAGUCAAUGUACAUAGCCCCUCUGCUAUGUACAUUGGCCAAACUGGACAGUCACUACGUAAAAGGAUAAAUGGACACAAGUCAGAUAUCAGG